AUGGCUUUUAUGCUCAAGAGUGAACUCAUCAUCUGCCUUGCUCUAAUUCUUGGCGCUUGGGCGUGGCAUAAGAUGUUGCACAAUCCCACCAUUGCCGAGCAGCAUGAGCAAUGGAUGGCCAAUUACGGCCGGACCUACAACGACCCACAGGAGAAGGCGAUGCGCCAGGCGAUUUUCACAAAGAACUUGCAGUUCAUCGAAGAUUUCAACAAGUCCGGGAAUCGGACUUUCAAAUUAGGUCUCAACCAAUUCUCAGACUUGACCAACGAGGAGUUUGUCCGGAGCCAUACUGGAUGCUUGGCACCCAGGCGACCUGAGCCUGCCAUAACAACGUCCGUUAGCCACCAAAAGCUGACCGGAGAUGUUCCUGAUCACAUUGACUGGGUAGAGAAAGGUGUCGUAAACGCGAUUAAGUACCAAGGCCAUUGUGGAUCCUGCUGGGCAUUCUCAGUCGUUGCAGCAGUAGAAGGAAUCGUGGGUAUCACCAACGGUACACUGCCGGUGCUCUCCGAGCAACAGCUAGUAGAUUGUGUGACUACAAACUUCGGCUGUGGAGGCGGUUACCUAGAAUAUGCUUUCGAGUACAUUAUCCAAAACCAAGGAAUUGCGUCCGAGGAUAGCUAUCCAUAUGAAGCAGAACAGGGGACCUGCGAUGCAACAAAAGCAGAAGAGCACGCGGCACAGAUCAAGGGUUUCACGCAUGUCCCGUCUGGGGAGGACGAGCUCACGAAGGCAGUUGCGCAGCAGCCGGUCUCAGUCAUAAUCCCAUCAAGCGGCCAAGAGUUCCAGUACUAUAGUGGAGGCGUGUUCAAUGGGGAAUGUGGCCCGACGCUAGACCACGCAGUCGUCGUGGUUGGGUACGGGACAAGCGAAGAAGGAACCGACUUCUGGAAGAUCAGGAACUCGUGGGGCGAGACAUGGGGUGAACGCGGUUACAUGAGGAUUCAAAGAGGCAGUGGUAGUUCCGAAGGAAUAUGCAAAGUCGCAUCGGCAGCUUCUUAUCCAACUGUUUGA